AAGCGUCAUGGGUGGGGCUGCCGCUUGCAGACCCAGGAUUUGAACAUGUCGCGCCUGCAACGGGUAGCCGGGCGGGAUCCGCGAGCGGGUUUCAGAGCUGAGAGGAGAGACUGCACUACUGCUGUGCCCCAGGGGCUGUUAAAGGCGGCGAGGAGGAGCGGACAGUUAAACUUGUCGGGUAGGAACCUCAGUGAAGUGCCUCAGUGUGUUUGGAGAAUAAAUGUGGAUAUCCCUGAAGAAGCUAAUCAGAAUCUUUCCUUCAGUUCUGCUGAACGAUGGUGGGAACAGACAGAUUUGACCAAACUAAUCAUAUCAAACAAUAAACUUCAGUCACUGACAGAUGACCUUAGACUCUUACCUGCACUGACUGUUCUUGAUAUACAUGAUAAUCAGCUAACAUCACUUCCUUCUGCUCUAAGAGAACUUGAAAAUCUUCAGAAGCUUAAUGUCAGCCAUAACAAACUGAAAAUGCUCCCUGAAGAAAUUACAAAUCUGAAAAACCUGAAAGGCCUGUACCUCCAGCAUAAUGAACUAACUUACAUACCAGAGGGAUUUGAACAACUUUCCAAUUUAGAAGAUUUAGAUCUUUCAAGCAAUCGUCUUUCAACUGUUCCUGUUAGUUUUUCUUCUCUGUCUAGUCUGAUACGACUCAAUCUUUCCAGUAACCAACUGAAGAGUUUGCCAGCGGAAAUAAGCAAAAUGAAAAGAUUAAAGCAUUUGGAUUGUAAUUCAAAUCUCUUGGAAACUAUACCUCCUGAAUUGGCUGGCAUGGAAUCGCUAGAAUUGCUUUAUUUGCGGAGGAAUAAAUUGCGUUUUCUACCAGAAUUUCCUUCAUGUAGACUAUUGAAGGAAUUGCAUGUAGGUGAAAACCAAAUUGAAAUGUUAGGAGCAGAACAUCUUAAGCAUCUGAAUUCCAUUCUCGUGCUAGACCUGAGGGAUAACAAGUUAAAAUCUGUUCCAGAUGAAAUUACAGUACUACAGUCUUUGGAAAGGCUUGACUUAAGCAACAAUGACAUUAGUAGUCUGCCCUGUUCAUUGGGAAACCUACAUUUGAAAUUCCUGGCACUAGAAGGAAAUCCUUUGAGAACCAUUCGGAGAGAAAUUAUAAAUAAAGGAACUCAAGAAGUUCUAAAAUAUCUACGGAGUAAGAUCAAAGAUGAUGGGCCUAGUCAAGACUCUGUUACUGAGACUGCCAUGACAUUGCCAAGUGAAUCCAGAGUGAAUAUGCAUGCUAUCGUCGCAUUAAAAAUAUUAGACUAUAGUGAUAAGCAAGCACCUUUCAUUCCUGAUGAAGUGUUUGAUGCAGUAAAAAACAACAUCAUCACUUCUGUUAACUUCAGUAAGAAUCAACUAUGUGAAAUUCCAAAAAGGAUUAUAGAACUGAAGGAAAUGGUUUCUGAUGUCAAUCUCAGUUUUAAUAAGCUUUCCUUUAUAUCCUUGGAGUUAUGUAUGCUUCAGAAAUUGACGUUUUUAGAUCUAAGGAACAAUUUUUUAAGUUCUUUGCCUGAAGAAAUGAAAUUGUUGAUAAGACUACAAACGAUCAAUCUUUCCUUUAAUAGAUUCAAAAUGCUACCUGAAGUUCUCUAUCAUAUCUCAACGCUUGAAACAAUUCUGAUUAGUAACAAUCAGGUUGGAUCUUUGGAUGCUCUGAAAAUGAAGAUGAUGGAAAAUCUUAGCACAUUGGACCUUCAGAAUAAUGACCUCCUGCAAAUUCCACCAGAGCUUGGUAAUUGUGUGAACUUAAGAACUUUACUACUAGAUGGAAAUCCAUUCCGUGUUCCUCGAGCCACUAUAUUAAUGAAAGGAACAGCUGCUAUAUUGGAGUAUUUGAGGGACCGGAUUCCUACUUAAAUGAUCCCAGUCAUCAUGUUAAAUCUUAGAAGAAUAUUACAUUUUGUUUUAGUAUCAUCCUAAAGGUGAUUGCUAUAACUGAUCUUCUAGUUUCUCAGUUAUCACCCAGCCAUUGGUAUAAUUGGCCUGGGCUAUUAUCACUGCCAAUAAAUAUUUUCCAUUGAUAACUAUUCAACAUUUUUUCUAAAGUGUUGUGUACAUUUAUAACGAUAUUAACUACAUACACUUAUGGAGUGUUCAUACAUUUUGUCUGAAUGUUUUCCACAGGAUUUAUCCUACAUUUAUCCCACAUUCAUUCCCUUAAAAUUUGUAAGCACUUUCUUUGAAAGUGAAUUUUUAU